UUACAGAGUCGUACCCCCUUCAUUCGAAGAAAUUUUUAUAAGCGAUUUAAUUUUUCCAAAAAAAUAAUAGAAUUAACUUACUAAGAUGACAGAUCCAAUUCUUGUUGACAUUUCCAAUGCUUUUUACAUCGGUAAUUAUCAGCAUUGUAUAAGUUUAGCUGAGAAAAUAAAGAAACCACUUUUGGAGAAGGAUAUAUUCAUGUAUCGCUCAUAUCUAGCAACAAAUCGAUUUCGCAUUGUUCUCGAUGAAAUUAGCCCAUCUGAUAGUGGUGAUUUGCUGUCUAUAAGGUUGUUUGCUGACUAUCUAAUGAAUAAGAACAAGUUUGCUGAUCUGAUUGAGAUUUUCGAAAAGAAGAUUUCUGGAUCAGAUGAUAUUCAUAUUGUAUGGAAAGUCAUAGCAAGUAUUAUGUAUAUACAGGAGAAUCAGCUCGAGGAGGCUCUGCGGAUUUUAAACGGAACAAAUGAUUUGGAAUGUCAAGCUAUUCAAGUUUAUGUAUAUUUGAAAAUGUGCCGUCUAGAUCUUGCUAAGAAAAUUUUAACUGCAAUGUCUGAAAAGAAUGAUGAUGAUACGUUAACACAAUUAGCACAGGCAUGGAUGAAUAUUGAGAUUGGUGGAGAAAAAUUACAGGAUGCACACUAUAUUUUCGAUGACUUCAAAGAUAAGCUCAGCUCGUCAGUGUUGCUUCUUAAUAAUUUAGCAGUCUGUGCAAUCGGACAGCAUAAAUUUUCUGAAGAAGAAACUGCCAACUAUUUACGAGAUGGACUUGACAAAGAGCCGAAUAAUUAUGAUCUUUUAGUUAAUUAUAUAUUUCUUUCACAACAAACCGAUAAAAAUGCAGAAGUUACAGUUAAUCGCUAUCUAUCAUUAUUAAAGGAAACCUGCAAAAAUAGCGAGUUGGUUGAUGAACUUUCCAAGAAAGAGACGGAAUUCGAUCGCUUAUGUCAAAAUUUUACUUUCAAGCCAGCAGAAAAAGUUACAUCCUAAAGUUAUAGUUGUCAAAUAUGCAUGCUUUAUUUUUGUAUCAAUGAUAUAUAAUAUAAAAAAAAAAGGUUCCAAUAAGUUUAUUCAACAUUUUUAAAUUUAAUUUAAGUCACAUUUAUUCAAUUUAAGGAAGUAAAUAGUAAUGGUUCUUUUAUAAAUUACUUAAGGCCAAUGCAUAUAAUAAAUUUUGAAUUUCUCAUACCAAUUAAACUUUAUA